AUGCUAAAAUCAAACCUUUCUCCUGCACCUUUUGAUGACUCUAUAAAUAUUCUCUCCUCAUCUUGCUCUUCACCACAGAUACACAUUCUCACUCUUCUUCUUCUUCUUCCAUUUACUGUUUUUGCUCCUUCUCAAACACAUAAUCAUCAACCGCUUUCAAAAAGAGCUAGCAUGGAGUUCGCAAUGGUACUCCUAAGGCUUGCAGAUUGGGUCUUGUACCAGCUGCUUGCCAACUCUUGUUAUAGAGCAGCGAAGAAAAUGAAGAGUUACGGGUUCAACUUGGGGUAUUUGUCAUCCAAACCACCCCCACAACCUUCCGCUUUCCCUAGUGUUGCCAAAUAUGAUUUGGAGGGUAGAGGGUCACAAACACUUGUAGCUUGUGACAUUCAUAGAGUCCUUUUGAUGUCUCAUUCUUUCUUUCCUUAUUUCAUGCUUGUUGCCUUUGAAGGUGGCAGCAUUUUCAGAGCACUCCUCUUGCUUUUGUCUUGCCCUGUGCUGUGGAUUUUAAACCAUGAGCUAAGGCUUAGGGUCAUGACUUUCAUCACCUUUUGUGGGCUGAGAACAACUGUCAUGGAAAGUAUAUCAAGGGCGGUUUUGCCCAAGUUUUAUUUGGAAAAUCUCAACCUUCAUGCUUAUGAGGUUCUGGCCUCAGCAGGGUCUAAAGUUGUCUUCACAAGUGUUCCUCGAGUUAUGGUGGAAGGGUUUCUUAAGGAGUAUUUGAGUGUUGGUGCUGUUAUAGGAACAGAGUUGCACACAGUUGGUUGCUACUUCAGUGGUUUGCUUUCUGGUUCUGGCUUACUUGUGAAACACAGAGCACUGAAGGAUUAUUUUGGAGACACACAACCUGAUAUUGGGGUUGGAAGCUCUAGCGUUCAUGAUCAUCUUUUCCUCUCCCUCUGCAAGGAAGCAUAUGUGGUAAACAAUGAAGAUGACAAGAGCAACUCAAGCUCAGUCAUGCCAAGGGACAAAUAUCCAAAGCCCCUAAUAUUUCAUGAUGGAAGACUAGCAUUCCUGCCUACUCCUUCAGCAGCUCUUUAUAUGUUCAUGUGGUUGCCAUUUGGAAUUCUUUUGGCCAUUUACAGAAUCCUCCUAGGAAUUCUACUGCCUUAUGGAUGGGCGAUGUCAUUAGGUGCUUGGAGUGGCUUAAAUCUCCAAAUCAAAGGCAGUGCCCUUGAAAAAUCAGAGCAAAACCAAGGGGUCCUCUAUGUUUGCACGCACAGGACUCUUCUUGAUCCUGUUUUCCUAAGCACAUGUUUGGCAAAGCCUUUAACUGCAGUCACAUACAGCUUGAGCAAGGUGUCUGAGUUGAUAGCGCCUAUUAGGACGGUGAGACUAACAAGGGACAGAAAAGAAGAUGGCAAAACCAUGCAAAGGCUUCUGAGAGAAGGGGAUUUGGUGGUGUGUCCUGAAGGAACAACUUGUAGGGAACCAUAUUUACUAAGGUUCAGCUCACUGUUUGCAGAAUUGGCUGAUGAAAUUGUGCCUGUGGCUAUCAAUACCCAUGUGAGCAUGUUCUAUGGGACCACUGCAAGCGGGUUGAAAUGCUUGGACCCUAUUUUCUUUCUCAUGAAUCCAAGGCCGAGCUGCUAUAUUGAGGUUCUUGGAAAAGUUCCCAAAGAACUAACAUGUGCUGGAGGCAGAUCAAGCUGUGAAGUGGCAAACUAUAUACAGAAACAGUUGGCUGAUGCCUUGGGAUUUGAGUGCACCACACUCACAAGGAGGGAUAAGUACCUGAAGCUGGCAGGGAAUGAAGGAAUUGUCAAAGAAACAAGUGGAAAAAAUGCUACUAAUAGAUACCACUAA